AUGAGUAAUGCUGUUUAUUUUGUUGGCGUAGACGUGGGUUCAAGCAGCGUUCGUGCUGCACUUGUGGAUAACAGAGGACAUGUACAUAAAACUUCGGUGCGAGAAAUUUUAACUUGGAAACCCAAAUAUAACUUUUAUGAACAAUCUUCUGAAAAUAUUUGGAAUCGUUCGCUAGAAGUAAUUAAAGAUGUUGUUAGCGGUACAGAUGCAGCUAAUAUUAAAGGCAUAGGCUUUGAUGCUACAUGCUCAUUGGUUGCCUUAGACAAAAACUUCAAUGCUAUUGCUGUGAGUGAUUCAAAUAACAAUGAUCAGAAUGUGAUAAUGUGGAUGGACCACCGAGCCUACAAUGAAGCAAAUGCAAUAAAUAAAACAAAUCACACAGUCCUUAAGUAUGUAGGUGGAAAAGUAAGUUUAGAAAUGCAAAUGCCCAAGUUGCUGUGGCUGAAAAACAAUUUGUCGGAAAAGUGGUCACAAUAUGGACACUUUUUUGACCUUCCUGACUUUUUAACCUGGAAAGCUACAGGCUCCAUGAGUCGGUCACUGUGUUCUUUAGUUUGUAAGUGGAAUUAUGAAUGUUCAGCCAGAAACAAACAAGGAUGGAAUCUAGAUUUUUUGCAUGAGAUUGGGUUAAAUGACUUGGCUGAUGACAAUUAUUUCAAGAUUGGCAACAAAGUGUUGAUGCCUGGAGAAUAUUGUGGGGGUCUAACUAAUGAUGUAGCCUGUAUCGUUGGCUUAAAAACAGGUACUCCAGUGGCGACAUCAAUAAUAGAUGCACAUGCAGGUGGUCUCGGUAUGAUUGGGGCCAGAGCACAAGGCAUUGACAGUGAUAAGUCAUCACGCCUUUGUCUUAUUUGUGGUUCGUCCACCUGCCACAUGGCUGUGAAUAAAGAUGCUGUUUUAGUGGAAGGUGUAUGGGGCCCAUACUAUAGUGCCAUGGUUCCUAACAUGUGGUUGAAUGAAGCUGGCCAAAGUGCUUCAGGAAUUUUAUUAGAUCACAUUAUAGAGAGCCAUCCAGCUGGUAGUGCUUUAUUAAAAACCAAAUCAUCUGGGGAAAUACGUCGUCACCUAAGGGAUAUUCUAUUGGAAAUGGCAAAAAAAGAGGGUCUCAGUAGCAUUGAUUUCCUAACCAAGGAGGUUCACGUGUGGCCAGAUUUUCAUGGUAACCGAUCGCCCCUUGCAGAUCCUACUAUGCGAGGCAUGAUGACUGGACUCACAAUAAACUCCAAUGAAGAAAAUCUAGCCGUCUUAUAUCUUGCCACAUUACAAGCUUUAUCGUAUGGUACGAGACACAUCAUCGACGCCUUGAUACAAGCAGGCUAUAAACCUUUUAAAUCAUUGUUAGUGUGUGGUGGCAUUAUAAAGGAUCCGUUGUUCGUAUCCACACAAGCUGAUGCUGCAAGUCUGCCAAUACUGCAGCCUCAUGAAAAAGAUUCGGUUCUGGUUGGUUCAGCAAUAUUAGGUGCCUGUGCUUCUCAAUAUUUCCCGAAUAUUCAAGAUGCCAUACACAAUAUGGGCGGUACAGCUGAUGUGAUUCAGCCUGAUUCAAAUACGAAAUUAUAUCAUGACAAAAAAUACAGGAUAUUUCUGAAAAUGUACCAAGACCAGUUGGAAUACAGAUCAAUAAUGAAUUCUCAGUAAAUAUUGAUUCAGUUAGAUAUCAGAAUUUAACUACUUAAAUUCAGAUAUAAACGGUGUUUAUGUUUAUUACACUGUAGUUAUCCAAUUAAAACAGAUAGUAUUGGCAUUUGAAUACAUAUUAAAUGAAUUUGAUUGCUUUCAUUGUGUGCAUAGAUAUUGUGUUUUCAAACGCAGAUGACUACCCGCCAUUUUGGAACAGUAUAUGGCUCUAAAAAAGAUAUAUGUGAAGAGUAAGUAUGUACAAGAUUUGAGUAAACAUUACAGUAUGGUAUCUAUAACUAAUGGUGCUGUCUGACUGAUAAUAAUAAAAUGAAAUAA